AUCCAUCGCCAUCACUCUCCCCUGAGUCCCCUCGCUCUCAGCCCGCGUUCUCGCCAUCCCCAACUAAUGGAAUGAAACUGAUCAAAUCCGCCAAUCAAAGGAAACACUACUGCAAGCCUUUCUUCUUCUGCCAUCUACAUUCAGUUCUCUUUCGCCGGCAAUGCUUCUUCAGGAGUUGCUCGUUCGGCUCGCAAUAUGUACUGUAGUUGUUUCUUCUCUUACCGAUCGUUCUCCGCAUGCCACCGCCGUGCACUUGCCGCCGUCUUCUGAUGCCAACGCGCUUCUGGGUUUUAAGUCUAAGGCCGAUUUGAGAAACCACCUUGGUUUCUCUCAAAAUGGCAGCUCCCACUUUUGUGAAUGGGAAGGAGUAACAUGCUAUGAGAAGAAAGUGGUGCGUCUCAUUCUGGAAGACCUGGAUCUCGGCGGGGUUUUCGUCGCCGACACCUUGAACCGCCUUGAUGAGCUCCGAGUCUUGAGUCUACAGAACAACUCGCUUACCGGAUCCAUUCCUGAUCUUUCUGGACUCCUCAACCUCAAAACUCUGUUUCUUGAUCACAACUAUUUCACUGGUUCUUUUCCUCCGUCGAUUUUGUCCCUUCAUAGACUAAGAACGCUUGAUUUAUCUCACAAUAAUCUCACCGGCCCAUUACCCAACUCGUUGAAAUCUCUUGAUCGGUUAUACUAUCUUCGCUUGGAUUCGAAUUGGUUCAACGGAACGGUUCCUCCGUUGAAUCAGUCCUCCCUCAAAACCUUUAAUGUUUCAAGCAACAAUCUCACUGGCGCAAUACCGGUGACCGCUACGUUGCUCCGAUUUGGGUUCGCUUUGUUUUCGUUAAACCCAGGUCUCUGCGGGGAGAUAAUUCACAAAGAAUGCCACCCAAGGCCCCACUUUUUUGUUCCCACGGCUGCAGUGGAGCCACCAUCGCCGACCGAAGCGCUGGGGCAGAGUGAGGAAGUGCAUGGCGUCGAGUUGGACCAAUCCACUCCAAAGCAACACAAGAGAACUGCAGUGAUCAUCGGGUUCUCAACUGGGGUUUUUUUCCUUAUUGGCUCCCUUCUCUGUUUUGUCGUGGCUGUGAGAAAAAAGAGAAACGAUAAGGAACAGACCACCAUACCCAUAAUAGAACGCGAGGCGGCGGCGACGGCGGAAGCUGCUGCGGCGAUUCAGAUGGAGCAAGAGAACGAAUUGGAAGAGAAGGUGAAAAGAGUGCAGGGAAUGCAGGUAGCAAAGAGUGGGAACCUGACAUUCUGUGCUGGUGAGGCGCAGCUCUACACACUGGACCAGCUGAUGAGAGCGUCGGCAGAGUUACUAGGGAGAGGCACCAUGGGGACCACAUACAAGGCAGUGCUGGACAAUCGUCUGGUCGUGACGGUGAAGCGACUAGACGCCGGAAAAUUAGCCGGCUCAACAAAGGAGAUGUUCGAGCAGCACAUGGAAUCGGUAGGUGGACUCAGACAUCCCAAUUUGGUCCCACUCAGAGCUUAUUUCCAGGCUCAGGAUGAAAGGCUUCUCAUCUACGAUUACGAGCCCAAUGGCAGUCUCUUCUCCCUCAUUCACGGUUCAAAAUCCACGAGGGCAAAGCCAUUGCACUGGACCUCGUGUUUGAAAAUUGCAGAGGACGUAGCACAGGGCCUGGCUUACAUCCACCAAGCAUGGAGGCUCGUCCAUGGCAACCUCAAGUCUUCCAACGUCCUCAUCGGCCCCGAUUUCGAAGCCUGCAUUGCCGACUACUGCCUCACAGCCCUUACCUCUUUCCCACACGAAGACGACACCACCGCCGCCGCUUACAAAGCCCCUGAAACUCGCAUUUCAAAUGGCCAGGCAACGUCUAAGGGUGAUGUUUAUGCAUUCGGGAUUCUAUUGCUAGAGCUUUUGACUGGAAGACCUCCUUCGCAACACCCAUUUUCGGCACCAGAGGAGGCGGUCAAUUUGGUGAAGUCCAGUCGGGAAAACGAGGGAUGGGAAAGGGAAGGGGAAGGAGGGAGGCUGGAGAUGCUUGUUGAGUUGGCAAUUGCUUGUAGUUUGAACUCUGCUGAACAGAGGCCCACAAUGUGGCAAGUAUUGAAGAUGUUACAGGAGAUUAAAGGAGCUGAAUUAACUCAGAAUGGUGAAUUGGACCCACAGCCUGGGAUGUCCUGAAUGAAUUUAGUAAAUGUUGUUGUAGGUGUUUAACUUCUACAGGUUUUUUGAGAGAUUUUAUAUACUGCUGGAUGAUAGGAAAUUCCAUGAUGUUACGUUAUCAUUGAUGUCAUGUCCACACCUUUUCUCUGCCAAAUUUACAGGAACUUUAUGAUGCUGGGGUUGCAUAUUGAUGCAAAUGUAACAACGACCCCUCCGAAAUGUUUAACUUUUCUUUCUCACUGCAGAGGCUGAGAAGCUCAAAGAAACUAAAAUUCUGUCA